AGGUCUUGACCAACCCCGCCAAGGUACGGGUCGGGGAGCCGGAGGACCAGGCCCGCCCGGGGGUCCUCCGCGCCGGCAGUGCGGUGCCUUCCCCGGAGGACCCAGAGGUGGAUCAGUUUCUGUCAGGGAUAUUAUGUGCAUCGUGACAUGCUUGGAGAAAAAGGAGAUUUUAUCACUUCACCGGAAAUAAGUCAGAUCUUUGGGGAGCUGCUAGGUAUAUGGUUCAUUAGCGAAUGGAUGGCCACUGGAAAAAAUGCAGCUUUCCAACUGGUGGAACUGGGCCCAGGCAAGGGUACCCUCGCGGGAGAUAUUUUGAGGGUGUUCAGCCAGCUUGGAUCUGUGCUGAAAAACUGUGACAUUUCAAUACAUAUGGUAGAGGUGAGCGAAAAAUUGAGUGAGAUUCAGGCAUUAACCCUGACUGAAGAGAAGAUCCCGCUGGAGCGAAAUGCUGGAUCCUCUGUAUAUAUGAAAGGUGUUACGAAAUCUGGGAUUCCCAUUUCAUGGUACCGAGAUCUGCAUGAUGUUCCAAAAGGGUACAGCUUUUAUCUUGCACAUGAAUUUUUUGACGUUCUUCCUGUCCAUAAGUUUCAGAAAACACCACAAGGAUGGCGAGAAGUAUUCAUUGAUAUUGAUCCACAAGUUUCUGAUAAGCUGCGGUUUGUUUUGGCGCCUUGUGUCACGCCAGCAGAAGUCUUCAUACAACGUGAUGAAAUAAGAGACCACGUGGAAGUGUGUCCUGAGGCCGGCGUUAUUAUUCAGGAGCUUUCUCAGCGCAUUGCAUUAACUGGAGGUGCUGCUCUGAUUGCCGACUAUGGUCAUGAUGGAACGAAGACCGAUACCUUCAGAGGGUUUUGUGGCCACAAGCUUCAUGAUGUCCUGACUGCCCCAGGAACAGCAGAUCUCACAGCUGAUGUGGAUUUCAGUUACCUGCGCAGAAUGGCAGAGGGACAAGUAGCUUCUCUGGGGCCAAUAAAACAACAGACGUUUUUAAAAAAUAUGGGCAUUGAUGUCCGACUGAAGGUUCUUUUAGACAAAUCAGAUGAGCCAGCCAGGCAACAGUUACUUCAGGGGUAUGAUAUGUUAAUGAAUCCUAAGAAGAUGGGAGAAAGAUUUAACUUUUUUGCCUUGCUACCCCAUCAGAGACUUCAUGGUAGAAGCCAUCCGAUGAAUACAUGUCAGUCAAAACCCUCUGUGUCACCUGUAGCUGGGUUUGGUGAACUUGCCUGGCGGUGACCUGUGUGGACAUUUUACUCCUAUGUCUGACUAAGAUAAAGGGAACACGUCUCAUAUAUUACAGGUAAAAUAAAUAUUUUAUGUCUUUAUAGCCAAUAAAAAUAACUCCUCAUACAGUACAACUAAAUAUUGAUCUUUUAAGGUUGUUUCCUGCUUCUGGCACAGUUGUGUGCUUUCAGCUUCAUGAAACAAGUUACUGUGAAACUGAGUGUCCUUUAAGUAGUAAGUCUAGUUGCUGUAUUUUUAUUUUUAAAAGUAAACAUGAACACUGAUUAGUUUAGCAAAAACUAGAACCUAACUGGCCUUUCACAGGGAAUGGAUUAAAUAGAACUAUCCAUUUAUUAUUUAAAAAAAAAAAUGAGGUAGAGCAGUAUGUUCUGAACCAACUCUAAGACUGUGAAAGUAAAAAAAGCACAGUGGAGAAUGUUUUAUAGUUAUGAUUCCAUUUUUGUUGGGGGAAAAGCUACAUUUAAAGAAAUGCUUGUAAGUAAUUUCAUAGAAAUUAAUAUAUUAGUGUAGACUGGUUGUUUUCUGUGAUAGUUACUUAUAUAUAAAAAGUAAGGAAAGGAUGCCCAUUAAUCACUACUAAAUAUCCCAAUGUGGAAGUGGGUUGGAGGAGUAGAGAUUUGUUCCUUGUGGUAAUUUUUUUACCCUCUGCUUCUGUGAAUCUUAUAAUGAAAAACAAUUAGAUUAAAAAAAUUUAGGGGUGCCUGGGUGGCUCAGUCUGAGGAGUGUCUGACUCUUGAUUUUAGCUCAGGUCACGAUUUUGGGAGUUGUGGGAUCUCCAGCUCCAUGUCAGGCUCUGUGUUUAGUGCAGCAUCUACUCCGGAUUCUCCCUCUCCCCUUGCUUAUACCUCUGUUCUUUCAAAAAUAAAAUCUUAAAAGAAUAACUAGUAAACCUAACAUGUACCUGAAAUAUGAGUUAAUGUAGACUACAUAGGAGGAAUAAUUUUUUGAUUUGAGCUAAUUCUCCGUCAUUUUCAGGUAACUGUCCAGUUUUUUGUUCUGUUCUCAUGUUCACAGAAUUUUAUAUUAAUACCAGUAUAGACUUUCUGAAGAAUUGUUAUAUUGGCAACACAAGCUUAAAAUGAAAUUAAAGGAAAAGAAUAUCAGCCAUAUGUUUUGAACUUAUAGCGUAACUCUAUUGGAAGUUUACUGGCAGAGUGGUCAACUCUUGGCUUUCUAUUGCUUGUUUGCUUUAACUCAGAACAGGACCAGCAUUCUGUAUCUCACUCUAAAGUAGGAAGAUAGAGGGCUUAUUUUUCAUAUGCUGCCUCGCCUUGGGCCAUUUAUAGUCACCCUUAUUUUUUUUCCAUGUUUUCUUUUUUCAAAGAGUUGGAGAAUUUCUGGACGGUGAAAGUCCCCAACAUUGGCACCUCUCAAUUAUUUUAAGGUUUUAUAAUUAAUGGGAGGAAUCAGGCAAUUCCUUGUGUAUCUUAAAACCUAGAAAGUUCACUUUGAAUGGCAUCUGGCUUAUGUAAGUCUUGUAGCAGGUACAAUAAUUGAAUAUUUGAUGGUAGCUCCUGAAAAAUUUGUAGUCAUAAUUAUUCCAAACUUUCAUGCCAAGAAAUAAGACCUCCAGAUAAUUAUCUCAAAUUUCAUAUAAAAUCGAAAUAAUGAAUUGUUUUUUAUUUUAGGUAGUCAAAAAAAAAGUGUUUUAAAUAUAGCAUUAAUUCAAUUUACAAACACUAUUUUCAAAAUAGUUCUUUUAUCAAGGCCUGGGAAAAUAACAAACCAAAUAAAAUUUUCUUUGGAUACCUCUACUAGAGAUAGGCUCAGGUUUUCACAUGGAAAAGUAUGGUGAUAUGGAAAUACAUUUUAUUAUCAAGCUUCUUUGAGGAUAUUUACAAAAAUUGGGAUGUAACAAAAAAAUAAAAAAUGUACUAAACAGUGUCA